GCCUGGCGGUCAUUUCCACCCCCUCCCGGGGGGAGGGGGGUUGCUGCCGGGGGACGGGCCGGGGCGGGCCGGGGCGGGCCGGGGCGGGGUGGCCGGGACGGGACGGGACGGGGCGGCCGCGCGGGUCGCGAGGACCCCCCGGACCCGGCCGCCGCGCGCGCGGGCCCCUUCUCCUUACGGCGGGGGGGUCUGGGGCCGCGGGGCGGGGCCUCAUGGAGGCCUUUGGUCCCGACAGUGGCGGAGCAGGGGACAAGGCGCGGGGUGCCGAGGGGCGGCCGGCGCCCGAGGCCAGGGUGCACUUCCGAGUGACGCGGUUCAUCAUGGAGGCAGGUGUCAAGCUAGGGAUGCAGUCCAUUGCCGUUGCCACUGCUUGCACCAUUUACCAUAAGUUCUUCUGCGAGAUCAACCUGGACGCCUAUGACCCCUACUUGGUCGCCAUGUCUGCCCUUUACUUGGCCGGCAAAGUGGAGGAACAGCACCUGCGCACUCGUGACAUCAUCAACGUGUCCAACAGGUACUUUCACCCGGGCAGUGAACCCUUGGAGCUGGACUCCCGCUUCUGGGCCCUGCGGGACAGUAUAGUGCAGUGUGAACUCCUCAUGCUGAGAGUCCUGCGUUUCCAAGUCUCCUUCCAGCACCCACACAAGUACCUGCUCCACUACCUGAUUUCCCUCAAGAACUGGCUGAAUCGUUACAGCUGGCAGCGGACCCCCAUUUCCGUCACUGCCUGGGCCCUGCUGCGGGACAGCUACCAUGGGGGGCUGUGCCUCCGGUUCCGGGCUCAGCACAUAGCCGUGGCAGUGCUCCACCUGGCCCUGCAGGCCUACGGGGUCGAGGUGCCCGCCGAGGCCGAGGCCGAGAAGCCGUGGUGGCAGGUGUUUAGUGACGACCUUACCAAGCCAAUCAUUGAUAACAUUGUGUCUGAUCUCAUUCAGAUUUAUACCAUGGACACAGAGAUCCCCUAAGGCCCUGGUCCAGGCCUGCCCAAAGAGAAGCCCGGGAUGCUCGGCCGCCUGGGGACAGCGCCACCACAUCGCCGUGACAGCUGGUCCCCAGAGGACCAGCUGCGAGGACUGGUUCUGUGCUUCUGGAGACAGGCUGGUGAAGGCGAUGACAUAUGCUGCCACUUUGAUUCUCAUGCUUUGACUGUCCCUAGCAGCUGUGGUCCAGACGGUGACGGGAGCCAUACGUCCUGCGGGCAGGCCGGGGCGGGCCAGGGGAAGGGCCCGCAAGGCGUCCCUGUCUGAUUUUGUCCUUUGAGAGGGCACCAAAUGCAGUUGAGCUGUGACAUCAUUGGAAGGAAAACCAGAGAACAGAUAAGACUGCACCCUUGGGGAUUUUUUAAAAGCCAGAUUUAUAGAAAGGAUGAAUGUGUGACAUAGAUGGAAUUCUAUUUUGUAUAAUAAAAGAUGAUACAAGUCAAA